AUGUCGGCCAUUCUUAAUACCACGGAAGAAUCUUUCUAUUUCAUCCUCACGGGCAUCCCAGGGUUUGAGGCGGUGCACAUCUGGAUCUCCAUUCCCUUCUUCUGCUUAUACAUGAUUUCCAUAGUGGGCAACACUACCAUCCUGACUGUGAUUUGGACAGAGCCCUCACUCCAUCAGCCCAUGUACAUGUUUCUUUCUAUGCUGACGCUCACUGACUUGGGCCUGACCCUCACUACACUGCCCACCAUCAUGCGCAUCCUCUGGUUCAAUGCCCGAGAGAUCAGCUUGGAAGCCUGCUUUGUCCAAUUCUUCUUCCUCCAUGGCUUCUCCUUCAUGGAGUCUUCGGUACUUCUGGCCAUGGCUUUCGAUCGCUUUGUUGCCAUCUGCCGCCCUCUCCACUACGCCUCUAUUCUCACAGACACAGUCGUCAGAAGGAUCGGAAUGGCUAUAGUUAUCCGCUGCGUCGUGGCCGUCCUACCCCCUCUCUUCCUCCUCAAGCGCCUGCCCUUUUGCAGCUCCCACCUACUCACUCACUCCUAUUGCCUCCACCAAGACAUGAUCCGCCUGGUCUGUGGUGAUACCAGAGUCAACAACUGGUAUGGUUUGGGGCUUGUCAUGGCCAUCUACAUUCUUGACCCUCUCCUCAUUGUUCUCUCUUACGCCCUGAUCCUAGGCAGUGUUUUACGUGCUGCCUCCCAGGCUGAGCGCCUCAGAGCCUUCAAUAACUGUCUUUCCCAUAUUCUGGCUGUGUUUGUCCUCUAUGUGCCCAUGAUAGGGCUGUCAAUGGUCCACCGCUUUGCCCGACAUGCCUCCCCGCUGCUCCAUGUGAUGAUGGCCAACAUCUACCUGCUAUCACCCCCAGUGAUGAAUCCCAUCAUCUACAGUGUGAAGACCAAGCAGAUCCGCCAAAGUAUAUUCCGUCUUCUCUCUCAGAAGAAAGUGUAUUAA